AUGGACUCGCACACAAUUCACUUCCAGAAGAGCAUCAAGUUCCUUGGUGUGAUUCUGGAUGAUAAACUUAACUUUCGCGAACACAUCAACCACAUCGUCUACAAAGCAACAAAAAUUUUCAACAGACUCUCCUUCUUCUGCAGACAUACAUGGGGGGCCCACCCAGAAAACAUACGCAUUAUAUACUUGCAGGUGAUCCAGCCUAUCAUUACAUACGCAGCCGGAGUGUGGGGACAUGUGGCCGAUAAGAAGUGCGUGAGGAAGAAACUCCUGUCUAUGCAGAGAGCCUUCGCCCUAAAGGCCAUCAGAGGAUUUAGGACAGUGUCCACCUCUGCUGCUCUCGCACUCGCCCUGUUCACCCCCCUGGAUCUUAAGGUCAAAGAGGCGAACCGGGUCGAAGCUACGCGCCUCACCGGCUCGUCCCCACUACUUCCGGCUCACAUCACACUGGAGUCUCCAACUCCUCCACAUCUUCUCCUUCAUCCAGCCCACAGACAUACAUACGACUCACACACGUUCUGGACCCAAAACGAGGUCCAGGAAUUUCAGUCAAGAGCUCACCCUAACACCACCCACACCUUCACCGAUGGGAGCAAACUUGAGGAUGGUACGGUCGGGGCGGCCUUCGUCAGUUAUGAUCGAGGACGCAAUCCUGUCAGUAAGAAGUUCAAGCUCCAUAACAGUUGUACUGUUUUCCAGGCUGAGCUUCUAGCCAUCCUCAAAGCUUGCGAAUGGGCCUCUUCCAACCAACAUACAAGCACGGUUAUUUAUUCAGAUAGCAGCGCUGCCAUUCUCGCCAUCCAGAACCGCAGCAACACACACCCCUUGGUUGCGAAAAUACACUCGACAGUACACCAUACGUCCGGGUCCAUCGAGUUCGCGUGGGUCAAGGCCCACGUGGGCAUAGUGGGGAAUGAGGCUGCAGAUACCGCUGCCAAGCGGGCGGCUAAGCUCCACAAAGCCCCGGACUACACACAAUUUCCCAUCACCUUUAUAAAACACUAUACACGAUCACUCCACGCCUCAGUCUGGCAGUCUCGAUACGAGAGCGAGCCACAAGGACAACACACUAAACAACACCUCCCUACAAUUAAACACAUCAUUAAAUUACACUCACUUGCUCACAACACAUUCACACUUACCCAGACACUUACAGGACACGCCUACACAAAGCAAUAUUUACACAGGGUUAAGGUCACGGAGGAUGCUGUCUGUCCGUGCGAUGGCACCACGGUGCAGUCAAUGGGUCACUUGCUCGAGGACUGCCCGCGGUUCAUCGCCCCGAGAUCCGACCACCAGAUUAUCUGCAGCUACGCCGGGGUCUCUCCGUUCAACAUGGCCUCCCUUCUGGAGGACAAAGAAGCUACCAUAUCUUUUAUCAAAUUUUCCGAAUACAUUAUCAACCACCUCAAAGCUUUUAACAACACUUAA